AUGAGAGGGUUACUCAACAAGGUCGUCUCGCGUUCGCUCUCCGUCGCCGGAAAAUGGCAGCAGCAGCAGCUCCGUCGUCUGAAUGUCCACGAGUAUCAGGGAGCUGAAUUGAUGGGUAAACAUGGAAUAAACGUACCGAAAGGUGUAGCUGUUUCUUCCAUCGAGGAGGUCAGGAAGGCAAUUCAGGAGGUGUUUCCGAAUCAAAGAGAGAUAGUUGUUAAGAGCCAGAUUUUGGCUGGUGGGCGAGGUUUGGGGACAUUCAAAAGUGGUCUUCAGGGUGGAGUUCACAUUGUUAAGAGCGAAAAGGUUGAAGACAUUGCUGGAAAAAUGCUCGGCCAAGUACUUGUCACAAAGCAAACUGGCCCUCAAGGAAAAGUUGUCAGCAAGGUUUACUUGUGUGAAAAAUUGUCUCUUACAAAUGAAAUGUACUUCGCUAUCAUGUUGGAUCGUCAAACUGCUGGUCCGCUUAUCAUUGCCUGUAAGAAAGGUGGAACCAGCAUUGAAGAUCUAGCUGAGAAAUUCCCUGACUUGAUUAUUAAGGUACCAAUCGACGUUUUUGAAGGAAUCACAGAUGAAGAUGCGGCUAAGGUUGUCGAUGGGUUGGCUCCGAAGUCUGCCGAUAAAAAGGAUUGCAUAGAGCAAGUGAAGAAAUUGUAUAAACUUUUCUGCGAUAGUGACUGCACAUUGUUGGAAAUCAAUCCCAUUGCAGAAACGGCUGAUAACAAAUUGGUCGCAGCUGAUGCUAAGUUGAACUUCGAUGAUAAUGCUGCUUUCCGCCAGAAGGAGUUAUUUGCACUCCGUGAUCCAACUCAGGAGGACCCUCGAGAGGUGGCUGCUGCUAAGGCAGAUUUGAAUUACAUUGGGCUAGAUGGUGAGAUUGGUUGCAUGGUGAAUGGUGCAGGGCUGGCAAUGGCCACAAUGGAUAUUAUUAAGCUGCAUGGUGGAACUCCUGCCAAUUUUCUCGAUGUUGGUGGAAAUGCUUCUGAAGGCCAGGUGGUUGAGGCAUUCAAAAUUUUGACUUCUGACGAUAAAGUAAAAGCAAUCCUGGUGAACAUAUUUGGAGGGAUCAUGAAAUGUGACGUUAUAGCCAGCGGAAUUGUCAAUGCUGCCAAACAGGUUUCUCUAAAAGUACCCGUGGUGGUUCGUCUCGAAGGCACUAAUGUUGAUCAAGGGAAAAGGAUCCUCAAGGAAAGCGGAAUGGCCCUAAUUACAGCCGAAGACCUGGACGAUGCUGCCGAGAAAGCAGUAAAGGCACUAUCAAGUUGA